AUGGAUGACUUCGAAAAUAACACCACCGUCUUCUCUGCCCUGCGAUCCCUCAACAACUUCAUUUCCCUGGAGGGGGUAUCUGGGCCGGCGACGCCAGGCUCGUCUCGAAGCGCCUUGCAGAUUCAGUACCAGCAGAGGGUGCAGAUGGAAGAACAAGCUGGGCAGAUCCACUCCAAAUCCCAGCUCCUGCAGGUGGAACGAGAGAAGAUGCAGAUGGAACUUAGCCACAAACGCGCUCGCAUUGAACUGGAGAAGGCAGCUAAUACCAACGCCAGGAACUAUGAGCGAGAAGCUGACCGUAACCGGGAGCUGCUAACGCGCAUAAAGCAAUAUCAGGAAAGGGAAACAGACGCUGAAAAUAAACUGAAAGAACAAAUGGAGAUGAACAAAUGCUAUAAGAAGAGCAUGGAGACAAUGAGUAAGAAGCUGCAAGAGAAGGAGAGCAAAUUAGCUGAAGCCAAUGAAACAAUCACUGUAUUGAAAGGGAAAAUAUCAGAGCUGCAGUGGAGUAAAAUGAAUCAAGAGAUGCAGAUGACAAGCCAAGACUCUCAGAAGCAGGAACUGAUGGAACAGCUGGAUGUUCAACAUAAAAAAUGGCAAGAAGCUUGUCAGCAAAUCCAGAUGUUGCAAGCAAACCAAUCCCAUCUAGCAGAAUAUGAACAGAAGAUUAAGGAUCUGGAACAGAAGCUCUUUUUUUUGGAACAUGAUGCACUAAUUGUCAAGAACAUGAAGACAGAACUGGCUCGUCUCCCAAAAAUGGAGCGGGAAUUGCGCCAACUCAAGGAGGAAAAUGCCUACUUCAGGGAAAUGAAAGAAAACAAUGGAUUGCUCAAAGAGGAGGUAGAAGGUCUCCAAAGAAAACUGGAACGCUAUGAGAAGGUCCAAGCACAGCUUGUGACUGUUGAAUUGGAAAAUGAGAAACUUCUGGGAAAAUUGAAAAGCUGGGAGAAAGUGGACCAGAGCACUGGCUUGAACAUCAGGACACCUGAUGAUCUCUCAAGGCAAAUUGUGGCCCUGCAGCAAAGGGAGCUGGUGCUGAAAGAGCAGAACUCUUCCAUCACGAGCAG